AAAGAGGCAAGCUGGGAAGCGGGGGAAAAGGACUACAAGUCCUAGAAGAACCAUUCCAGGAGCAUGCGCACAAGCCUAGGCCCCUCGCGGAGGGGCUGGGGCCGCAAACGGCACGCCGUUUCUGUGAGUGUCAGUGGAGGGAAGGAGAGAGGUAAGCCUAGAGCGGCUGUUUGCAGUUCUGUGCCAGUGGCGGGAUGUUGCUCUCUUCAAAAGGUUCUGCUCUAGUGGAAAGCGGAAGAAUCUUGCAUUGAAGGAGUGGUCUGGUCUAGUGGCUGUGACUUUUAGCACAUCCGAAGAACAAUGACUUGAUUAUGAGCCUAGUUCAACGAGUAAUAAAACCGUUAAUGAUAAAGGCUUUGUUCUUCUGACAGACUGACAAUUUUGAAGAGUAUUGGACAUAGUUCCUUCAAUUAAUAUUCCGUGAAUAAACCAGCUGUGUGACAUUGGGAUUGAAAAGCCUUCGUCUAAGAGGAGCUGUAUAUAAGAGUAUCUUCAAUAUGCUAUUGCCAACAAUCAAGAUGCAGAAACCAUUUCAGCUGGUGUACAGGACAUAUUUGAUGUCUCAUCGCACCUGUAUUUUUCCGUUCUUAAAAGGACAACGCUGUUUGCUUAAUACUAAACACAAAAUGGUUUCCUUGGCUCUGACCUCCCAGCACCAGUGCCUACAUACAUCUGCUGCUGUUUGUGUUUCCGAGGAAAGGGAAUUCUUGGGCAAGGCAUCAUCCCAACCAGUAGACCAUCGCAAUAAAGAACUGGAGGGAGAAAAUCUUACUACAUCAUCUGGUAACUUAGCCCAGAGAGACUCCAUAGAACCAAAUUCUGUAGAGAUUGAUCCCUUACAAGACAAAUCAAUUAGUCUUGUGCAGAGAUUCAAGAGAACUUUUAAACAAUAUGGCAAAGUUUUGAUCCCAGUGCAUCUUUUGACUUCCAGCAUAUGGUUUGGAGCCUUUUACUAUGCAGCUUUAAAAGGAAUAAAUGUUGUUCCUUUCCUCGAAUUCAUAGGGUUGCCUGAAAGCAUUGUUAAUAUUCUAAAGCAAUCUCAGAGUGGUAAUGCGUUAACUGCAUAUGCAAUGUAUAAGAUUGCAACUCCAGCCAGAUAUACAGUGACUUUAGGAGGGACAUCUAUCACUGUAAAGUAUCUUCGUAAGCAUGGCUACAUGUCCACACCUCCUCCAGUCAAGGGCUACAUUCAGGAUCGAAUGGAAGAAACAAAAGAGCGACUAUCGGGGAAAAUGGAGGAAACCAGAGACAUGAUUAGUGGCAAAAUGGAAGAAACAAAAGAGAAACUAACUGGGAAGAUGGAAGAAACAAAAGACAGGAUAACAGAAAAGAUACAAGAAACCAAAGAGAAGGUUUCAUUUAUAAAAAAGAAAGAAUAGGAAAAUUGGUGGCAAAAUCUAAGCAUUCUUAACUCUAUUUAGCAAGCCUGGAAUAUAUAGUCUUGCUAUUUUUUGUUCCUGCUUUGUUUCAGUUGUUUUUGGCUGGCAAGAAAUUGCCAGCAAUCUAAAAACUAAAAUGGUAUCAUCUAAGACUUACAUCCACCUUCAGAAAAUUUUCACAACAUUUUUAAGUGUUAGGGUGUGGUAAAUACAACAGCCUUCUCUGCAGCUAAGUCCUGCAAUAGUGUUCUGUGGUCUGCCUAGGUAUGACCAUCAGUCCUGGAUCUUUAGGGAGAGAGAAAAUGGUUUUCUACACAUCUGAUUGAGUUGACCUCGCUGUCUAAUAGCCAUCUUGCAGGCAAAGCAUUAGAAUGAUUGGUUCAUGUGCAGAAAUGUCUUUGAUUUUUUGGGAAAGGUAUCAAUAUUUGUAAAUCAUUUAAUCAUAAUAUUCUUGGAAGAUCAGGUAAUUAUAAAAUAUACUGUAUAUUCUUACUAUAAAAGGUUUAUUUAAAAUAGUGUGUAUGAGAGACUGUAAAAUACUGAACUUAAUUACAUAUUUGUAACAUGAUUAAGCUAAAAUGGGUGUUUAAUAUCAUGCCACUGUUACAAAUUUUAAGGUAAGAAUAGAUGUUUACAUCUACAGUCUUUUAUCUCAACAUAACUAACACAUGCUACUGUCAUUUACACUGUUUCCCCCAGAGACAAAACUUAAGCAUUACUAUACUGUUUAGUAUGGUUUUUUAAAAAGGCAUCAGAAGAAGGUGGGGAGAAAUCCAGAAACUUGUGUGUUGGCAUGCUUGCAGAGAGAGAGAGAGAAAGAAAGAGAGUCAAUUAUAGGUGGACUGUACCUGAAACAAUACCUGUUUUGCAGUCCCGUUUGUGUUAAGCUGCAUGAAGGGGAAUUUGUAUCUGUCAGCCUAUUUCUAGGCUGCCUUCUUUAAAUUCUGUCAAGUUACAGCAGAGCUUCAUAGAGGUCCUCUUUUGGGUGCAGAAUAAGACAGCUGUAGUUGAAUUGAUGGUCAUCCAGAAGGCAACUGCAAGUCCAGUGCCAAAAAUGCAAGUUGCCUUCUGGAUGAAGUGGACAUGUGCUCACUAAUGAGGUAUGAUUUGCCCAGCCUUGUAGCCUGGCAGGCAUUGGGUAGAUGUGGGGCAACUCUCCUAGCUCUAGCUAGAGAGCAGUCCCAAAUAUUAAGGGUUUAGAACAUAUUUUAGAAAAUUGCAUGCAGGCUAUCACAAGAAAAGGACAUGUGCCCCUGAAAACACAAUAUUGUCAAAAUAAGAAUACUGGCUGCUAGUAACAUACUGUCAUGGCCUUGGACUUUAAGCUUAUUUUGGAAGGAGCAUGUCAUUGCAGAAAAAUGCUGUCAGAUUAAAAGUGCAUGGAUGUAGCAGUAAGUACUGGGCUUGUCAAUUUUACCUUUGCAUGUAUAACACACACACACACACACACAGUAGAACAGCACAAGGAGAACUAGUAUGAGAAUUGCAGCCUAUAAUAUUAUUUCUAGAACAACUUCCCCUUGGUUGUCUGUACUUCUAAGCCAGUUUUAAAAGAAUAUAUUCUGAUUUAAUGCCAGUAUACUUAAAAUGAAAUAAAUAAUUCUCCCCAAAUAUCUCUGUUUUGUCCUAGUGAUAAGAGCUGGAAUUUAAAAACCAUGUGGGGGGGGGCAGUACAGGAAGUAGCUGCCACCUGCUGCUGCAGCAGCACAGUUACCAGCCAUUUCAGUAAGAUUUUUCCCUGGCCCUCUGCACCAGCCAUGUUGACUGGAGAGGGUAAAGCUAGUUUGUGAAAUGUUCUGUUUUAGCCACUACCUAUUUUUUCCCUUAAUCAGUUUGCUGUUUGCUUAUAUCCACUGUCAAUGGAUCUUGUUGGAAUUAUUUUUGCAAGCACCAUUAUUAAAGUACUCAUGGCACAUCAUUA